AUGAAGGCCGUUCGCGUGCGCCGUGAGACUCGACGCCUCCACCACUGGCCCGAGAUCCAGCUCAAUAUCUGGUUGAUCGUGGUACUUUCCGCCUCGGCAACAUGUCUCGGUAUCUUCUCCUGGUUUAUGAUUGUGCAAUCACAAAUGGACCUAGGUACACCCUGGCUCUUCCCGUUCAUGGUCGUCGUUAGCGCCAUCGGUGUUACGUUCUUCUUUCUAAUCCAGGUCCUCAUUGCACAAGGGAAGCUACUCCCGGGCAUCCUGAUCGUCGGCAGCUUUAUUCUUUUCGUCCUCUGGUUAACCGGAUUGAUCGAGACCGCCUUGCAGCUGUACGGAGUCUCCGGCAACGUGAAUGAUAAUUGCCAGAUCUGGGUGGUCGAGAAUGAGUCCCGGGGAAACAGCAUCAACACCCUGGCUUGGUUGACGCAAAGCACAAUCUGUAAUUGCUGGAAAACGGCCUUUGCAUUCGAGCUCGUCAACACGAUAUUUUAUCUCUGGAUGAUGAUCAUGUCGUGGCAAGUCCACCGCGACUUUUAUCACUGA